AUGAUGAAGCUCAUCGCUUUCCUCCUCUUCCUUCUUGGCCUUGUCAACGCUGGGGUUGUCCGCACUCCCGCUGACGCUGCCACCCUCACCACUGAGCCUACUAAUCCUGUCGAGGCUCCCACUCCCGUCGCCACCCCCGACACCUUCAUCGCCAAGGGUGAGAAGAUGGCCUCUUGCGACAUCCGGUGCACCUUCUGGUACCAGAAGUGCUACUACCGCCCCUGGGGCUACACCUGCGAUGACAACGGUCUGUUCCGUCGUCGCGGAUGGAACCCUGACUGUGAAAAGAACUGCUGGUGCAACUGUGAUUCCAGGUAA